UUUAUUUACGAAAUAUUUCUAAAGGUUUAUUUUAAUUAUAAAAGUGACAUUGUAAAUAAAAUAAACAAAGUUCCUUUUCAGCUGUACUGUUGCCGAAAUUAAUGCCAAAGAAAGUUUGGAAAUUGAUUCUUAUUACGAUUUGAAAGUUGCAAAUGUUUUACUUAGUUCUAACUUAAUUUUGACUUAGUUUGGAUCAUUUAAAGUUUGACAAAACAAAUACUUAAAAAAAAGACAAUUACAACAAGUAAAUAUGACUAAUUUGGAUAUAAUAACAUUUGAAGACCUCGAGGCAACAGAUGUAAUUAGUGUAGAAUUAGUACCAGAACGUAAAGGAUUAAUACUAAAGCAUUGUGAAUAUUACGUAAGCUCAAGAAGACACGGAACAACUGUGACCCGCAGAUAUAAUGAGUUUGUUCAACUGUGUGAUGUUUUUUGUGCUAAAUAUCCUUAUCGCGCUGUAUGCCGCUUGCCACCUAAACGCGUGGUAGUCGGCGGUGGCAGCCCUGUUUUCCUGCAGCGGCGACGAGCAGCGCUCCAGCGUUGGCUGACCCUCGUGGCGCGACAUCCGGUGCUCGCGCACGACGCAGACUUACGUACCUUCCUCUGUGAAUCGUCUUCAAGGUUGGAUAAGCCGAAGCAUGAUGAAUUCGUACUGGCUGGUACCCAAGAUGAAUCUCCAGCCCAAAUUUCUAUAGAUGAAAUGCAGGCAGCUUUCGUAUCAGAGCAGGAGCAGCUACGUUUGGUGCAGCUAGGACUUAACAGAUUAUAUAAAAUAUUCGAAAGAGUGGGGGGUCGGUGCGAGGCGGAGCGCGCGGACAUCAGGGAGCUGGGCGCGGCGCUGAGCGCGCUCGCCACCGCGCCCGCAGAGCCCCCCGCCUGGCUCGCCGUCAGGCAUGCCAUCAAGACUGCUGCUGAUCUAGCUACAACAAUGGGUGAAUCUUCCAUAGAGGAGGUGGACUAUGAGUACGGCGCAGGUGCUAAAAUACUGCUGGCCUUAGAUGCCCUCGGAGCGUACAGGGAGCUAUGCGGGCGGCUGACGCGCGGGCUGCACGGCGAGCGCGCGGCCGCUGCAGCUGCGCAGGCGCACUCGGCCGCCGCCACCUUAUUGCGCAAACGACAUCGGUUUGCCCUUACCUGCUGCUUAGAGGAGAGCCGCGUGGCUCGCGCGUACGCACUGGCGGCGCUGGAAUGCCUGCAGGAGCCGCUGCGCACGCACGGCGUCGCACACUCGCGCAUUGCCACACUGUGGGCCGACCUGCACUCCGCUCUCACAUACACACAUACAAACAAAACAAAAUAACUAUCACAUAUGCAUAUAAUCUGUUUCAAAUGAAAGCUCUAAUGUAGUAAACUGACAAAUUUCAACAUGGCGGCCAUCAUAGAUUAGUGAUUGUCAAAUUGUUACAUGAAUUAUGUUUAUAUUUUGGAUAUUGUAAAUUUUGGCCUAAUAUGUGAGAUGAGAUGCAUUGUUUAUAUUAGGCUUUCGUUUGAAAUAAAUAAUACUUGAUUUUUCGUGUCACUUUUGUUCCAAUUUAGUGCGAAAACUUUUAGAACAACAA